UGUCUCCCCUGUUUUGUUAGACCGGUACGAGCCGUAGACCGGCAACGUGUUAUUCCAUCGUCGGCAACCGCUUCGCUUUCGAUCAGCUGCGUUCCAUCCGGUGAUCACGGGACGAAACUCUCGGAACAGAGAGACCUUCUCGUCAGCGACCGUCGUCAUUGGGCGUUCGUCCUCCCGUAAAACCCGCUCGAGCGUGUCCGCCGGCCGAGAAUCGUCCGAGAAGGAGGACGGUACCGAGCAGUGACCGACACCUACAGAAGGAUGCAGGUCUGCCCCGAAGAUCCUGCGACGCGCCGCAUUCCCGGCAGCAAAUGCUACGAGACCAAGAAAUCCCUGACGCUGCGCGAGCUCGUCGACGCUCUGCACGAGGCCUUCGAGACCGACCACGUGAACAUCGACGACGUGCAGGAGCUGAUGGCAUCCUACAGGAGCAAUCCCGCCGAGUGGAAGAAGUACGCCAAGUUCGACAGAUACAGGUACACAAGGAACUUGGUCGACGAGGGAAAUGGAAAGUUCAAUCUUAUGGUGUUAUGCUGGGGUGAGGGCCAUGGAUCAGCCAUACACGACCACGCGAACGCGCAUUGUGUGAUGAAGAUCCUGCAGGGUGAACUGUGCGAGACGCGAUACGCAUGGCCCAAGAAGAAUGGGACCAUAAGCAUAUCGACGGAAGCUGAAGAGCUCAAGGAAUUGGACAGAACUACCCUUGACCUCGACGAGAUAUGCUACAUCAAUGACUCUAUGGGUCUCCAUCGCGUGGAGAAUCCCAGCGCAGUGAAUCCUGCAAUCUCCUUGCACCUGUACUCGCCGCCGUUUUCUUCGUGUUCGGUGUUCAACAAACAAACUGGCCAAAAAACCGAGAGCAAAGUCACUUUCUGGUCUAAGUACGGAGAAAAGAGAAAUCGGGACAUUCAAGACGCCAGGUGUCCUGAGGACAAUUAACACAACGAGGAGGCUGGCUGCGAUUGCAUUAUAUUUUUAAAUCUUUGACGAGGCGAAUUCAAUAUUUUUAGACAGUUUUAAUAGUUCACAGUUGUAUAAAGUGUUUUUAGUAUUUAAUCGUAUUUCUAAGGACCUAAUUAUGCUGAGAGAUAACGUUCCUGAGACGUCGAUACGUGGCCAUGUUAUCGUACUGUGACUACGAAAUGGAAAAGAUUGUUAAACGGAGGCGGAUCGAUUGCAGUUAAUUAACGCGCUAUCAAUGUGUUUUGUCCGGCUAAUUAUCGCUGGGAUUAACCGAAGACGAAUAUACAACGAGCAAAAAAAGCGAAGCUCGUAAUUAUUUUUAUCUCUUAGCAUAUAGAUAAAAAUUAAGGGACUUUACA